GUUGUACGUCCAUUUCUUCGCUUGUGUUUUUAAAAAAGCGGCGGUUGGCUGUCGGCUAACCUUCGGUGAAAUCAACGAGGUGGACGCUCCCGUAGUGAAGAUUUUAUCAACACUAUAGCAGUCAAACACAGGACACUGGUGUGUCCUGCGAGGCUGAGAUUCUUGAUUUGACCAGGAUCAUGCAGCAGCAGCGUCCCGAGGAGGGAGGCCUCCUGGGCACCCUUUCUCCUGGGCAAAAGAAGCUGGAGGGGAAGUGUUUCUACCUGGAUAGUGUGAGGAGCCGCUCAGCAGCCCUUCUGGUGGAGACCAUAUCCCUUUUAGGAGGGGUCAUUGAGAGUUUUCUCCACAAGGAUGUGAGCUUCGUGGUGACCGGGAGCCAAGAGGGCCUGAAGGAGCAGAGUGGUGUGGUUACAAAAGCAGGGGCAAAGCAGGCGAGUGAAGAAUCCCAACUCCUCACCAAGAAGAGGGAGAGUGCCUGCAGCAGCAGCGCCAAACAGCGACCAGCCACUCCCAGACCAAUGGGCUGUGGCAGCCGUGGGAAGGCUCUACUUGAAAAAGCCAUUCGCAACAAUGAAAGACUAAAGGGGAGCAGUGUCUUGGCCAAUGCCCGAUCAUGGGGAGUGAAGAUUUUGCCUGUGGAUGAUGUCCUUUUAUAUCUGAAACAGCUGACAAGAGAGAGCUUCAGUGCUAGACACAAAAGGCAAGAGAAGUCUUGCCAAACCAAACAGUAUGCUGCUCGCGUCGUUAAAGCUGCAUCUUUGAGGUCCCCCUACCUUAAAGUUGAAGACUGCAGCAGGAAAUACAAGCCCUUGCAUAUGCAGUCUAUGACCUUCCCCACCCUCUGCUAUUUGGGCCGCUUCAGUCCCUUCGAGACACUUCCUCGGACUGAAAAAGUGACUGAACAAGGAGAAGCUAAAACCAGGGAAAAGAAAAAGUCUCUAAGCAGCAACCAGGACAAACCUCAGUCACCACUCACUUGUAACCCUUCACCUUGGCGGCCAUGCAAAAAGGAGCUGGCUUACUGUGAAUGCUGUCAUCAACCCUUCACUAAUCAGGAGGAGCACUUACAGUCCGAUCAGCACCGUCAGUUUGUGCUGGAUUCUUCCAACUACAGUGUCUUGGACCAGCUUGUGGCUGAAAUGCGGGCGGGAUUCAACCUCAGUCCAUCACAACAAUCAGAAGCGGCAUUAAACAGCCCACCAAGUCCUCACCAAAUUCAAGAUGCCAAUCACUGUGAGCUGGAGCCUCUUACUGAUGUUGAGACGGAGGAAGCUAUGAAAACCCUGCUGGCCGCAGACUCAUCAAGUAAGAGCCAUGGCCAUAGCCUUGCUGUGAAGCCUCUUUCCUCCAGGCCUGACGCCCUGCCACCAGGUGUUCAGCUUCGCAACCCAAAUCCAGAAAUUUUCCCACCCAACACAGGUGGCCAGUUCCCUGACAGCCAACCUCUCUCUCCCAGUCGAGCCAUUCCCUUACUGGAUGCCUUGACACUCAAGCACUGCUCCUCCAGCCAAAUAGCUGAUACUCAGCAACUCCUCCCCUGCCCUGACAGCCCAUGUCAGUCCCCUGACCCUUACUCCCUGCCGCCGGUCCUCAGCCCUCAAGUCUUUGAUCAUUGCCACAUUAUGGAGCCCCACAGCCCUUACUCAGAGCCUCCUGUCCUCUAUCCUCAAGUCAUGCUUCACUCCCCUAAUCCUGAACAGUACACCAGGGAAGAGGAUAUGGAAGUAAUCAGUUCUGAAACAAAGGUUGUGGAAACUACACCUCAGCCUGUCCCAGCUGUCACAGUCCCCAUCUCCACCCUAGUCCUUCCUCCUCUUGGUUUGAACUAUGCAGAGGAAGUACAGGGAUCAGUCAAAGAGGUGUUGGUUUCACGCAGAUGUCGUUCCCUCCCUCGUCUGUCAGUGUCUGCACCAAACCCCAAGAAACGCUGCCGAUCAGCCAGCCCUGAGCCCAACCAGAGCAAGAGGAGAAGGAUGUCGAGACAAGGGCAUAAAUCUUUUCUUAAAUCAGAAAAUUACAUCAUGCACGUGGCAGAAGCUUGCUCAUUAUUUGACAUGGAGGCAUGUCAAAUCCCAAAUUGUAGCACUGCAGACUGCAUACCACAAAUUUAUAUGCAACAGGAUUUACACCUUGGUGACAAUUUUUCCCCCCAGUCAGCCACACAGGUUUUGCCAACAUUUAAUUUAUGCACUGUGGAAAACGUUGGUACAAACCAGCAGGGUCAUCUCACAUUCUUGGUUCCCGAUGUACAGAAUCCCACUCAGCUUCCAAACCAGAUUGACACCACUUUAGGUCAUGGUUGCAUCUGCGGACCAGGGCAAGCAUCCUGGCCUGUGUCUCCAAAAACAGGACAUCAUAAUCCUCCACUUGACUUUACCAACAAUAAAUCUGACUGUAUUCUGCCCAGCCAAGACUCUCACACCUCUCUGUCCCAGUCUGUCUCUUCUGUCUGCAUCGAGUCAGCCCUUCUCCCCGACCUGGCCACGCUCUCUACAUCAUCAUCAGACUCUGAUUGGGACUGUGAACUGCUGUCCCAGCUGGAUACCCAGGCCGCCCCCCUCCCGCCCACUGAAAGCCGCUGUGGGCUGGACAGAGAGCUGCUUCAGCGGCCGUGCACCUGGAUGCACGACACGAGCUACGAGUCACGCCUGCACACUGUUCUUCAGCCCUCCACCCCAACAGCCUCACUCUGUGGGGAAGAAAUUGAGUCCUCAGCCUUUUCCAGAACUAUCAUGCAAAUUGUUGAGGUUCAGCACUAGCAGUGGUGUUUUUUUUCCUUUCUUUCUUUUUUUUAAGAUGAUGAAAUUUAAGUGAUGUAAUAAGUCAUGGAUGGCCAUGUCAGUGAGCUCUUGUAGUAGGCUAAGCGUUUGAUUUUGCAGCUGCACAUCUCACCUUAUGAGACAGCAGACAGUGCUUGGACUUAUCAGAGUAAUAGGAGGAGGUGUACAGUAAAUAUUUCAAACAUUAGCUUACUGCUAAUGAAAUUUCAGUGUUUGGAAAUGUGUAUAUACAUAUAUAUUUUUUUACUUUGAUUUUAUCCUGUAGUGGGUGGAUGCGGCAUCAUCCUUCUAAAACCGUCUUGACCAGGAUUUGAAGAGUGUCCAAAAUCAUUUUUCUGGUCCAUUCCUAAUCCCCUUGUGCACUAACCCCCAGGCCAUAUUUUGUAUGUCAUGCUGACUUAAGCCUUUCAGCAGCAAUGUCCGGGAACACAUGGUGGUAUUGAGAAUUUAAUGAGGCUUUUCUGAAGGGGGCAUUACUCAAUUAGCUUAAGUGCUGUGUCUGGAUCAGAUCCCACGCACUGGUGUUGAUGGUCAAACAGGCUAAGCGUUAGGAUAGUAGAGGACCCAACACUAUCCGUGAGACAGGAAACUGCCUGAUUAAUGUCAAACGGAGUUCUUGUCUUUUUGAAGGUGGUCCAAAGGACUGGCUCUGUGAAGGAGAGAUGAGGGUUCACAGCAGUGCACUGCGGCUGCGGGGAGCCACUCCAUAUUGCCUUGUCACAUUUUGAGGGAAAAGGUUGAGACUUGUCAUUACUCAUCAUUACAGCUAGCACUCCAAAUACCCAAGCAGCAGUACAGAUAGAUAUUACAAGGGCAACAGUACCAGUCUGAUUAGUCUUUGAGUUUUUUUUUCCCUGUCUUCAGCCUCACAAAUUAUUUUUUUCUUCCCUUCCCAUAGGCAGCAAGGCACUGUGUUUUUAGUUUUAUCUGAGACUGAUAAUAUAAAAAUUCCUUUUGACAGACAGUUGUGAUGCCUUAUGACAGAGAUAUACAUAAAGAGAUAAGUGCUUCAUCUUUGGUCACAUUUGGGAAACAAAGAAGCCAUGCUCGCACAUAACAGCUGGCAUUCUGAGACAUCUGGAAAUAUAUAGGCAGCUUUUCUGGGAAAAUGUAAAGUCAUUUUUUAUUGUGAUUUUAAAUAAAUGUUUUAACUGUGAAA